CCGGCAUCGGACGGGACCGUCCUUUGCUUUCAUCUCGAUUCCAGCAUCGUCACGCAGAGACCGCGCGUAUAGUGUCUGGACUCGGCUGAGAAGGAGCCGAGGACACGAGCCCAAAAAUGGCGCUUGUUUCGUUCAACGUUGAAAGCGCAGAGUAAAACGCAGGAAAAUCGAUUUUACGACACCGACCACGACAAGGACAUGGAUGGCAUGGACCCUAGGCCCUCGAAGCGAACGAAUUGAUUUUGAAAAUGUCUGAACGCAGAACGCGGAACGCGACAUCCUGUAGCUCGCUCAAGCACGCACCACACCACGGACCAGAUCGAGACAAGCGCUGCUUCCGGUUGACCGGCAGACAGCAGGGAAGGAAGGAACCUAAUGAAGCCCCCACCGAGAGCGUAACGUGGAAGAAAGGAAAGAGAAUGAGGAAAAGCUCGAGGUAAUCCUGGUCGCUGCGGUUCUCGGAGGUUCUACCGGAGCGAGCGUGAUGGAGCUACAGCCAGCUAUGAGCGGGAUCAAUUAGAAACAACCGAUUGAUUCCAUCCGGUGCGCUCGAGCGUGCCAUUUUGCCGCUUGCCAGCACACAGCGCAGCGCGUGCAACGGACCGACCGGCCCCACCGCCGGGGAGGACGAGCUGUUUAUAGCUGUUGGACAGUUUGAAGGUUGGAAAGGAGAUUCCCUGUACAGCGCAGCCUCGCACACAAAAAGAGAAAUAAAAACAAUGAAUUUUCAGCCAUCCAGGUCACUUCAUCUCGCCGCACAGGUGGGCUAGAUGGCCACAAAAUCGAUGGCCAGUCAGGUGAACGGCGACCAGUUGAACGUCGUGCGCAAAGCGAUUAAAUUUGGCUCCAAAACCGUGCCAUCCAUUAAAGCCCACUCUGGAGCACUGAUGCUGACGCGUUACCAUGGAAACGCACGAGCGAACAUCGCAUCGCAGUAGACAGUGCGCCGCGGCAGCUCGCUCAUUUCCGUGCCGUUCGUCGUUUGUAUCGAGAGCGCGCGCGCGCGGUGCUGGUCUUUUGGUCCCCGGAUUCGUGAAACCCAGAAAUUCCAUAGUUUACCCUCCUACAAAGAACCUACACACAGUGUUGUUACACCGCCGAUAACAACGACGUGAUUGUUGUUUUCUGCGCACAGACAGUGAAGUAUCUCCUCCAAGUAGUUCUCCCAAAAGUCGUUUCGUGCGCGGUACUCCUGCUACUGUAAAGCAAAGUGUAUCCCAGUGUCCUUUGUGUGUCUUCUUCUGUAGCGUAGAGUGAGAGAGAGAGAUAGUUUUUUGGAGACAGAAUGGCAUCGCAGAAUGGUAUUCCGGCGACGGCGACAACGACGACGGUCGCGAUAAAGCCAACAACGGGCGAUGGACCGAUGGCGGAACCACACCGGAUCAAAUCGAAGUUCAAUCCAAGCGCCAAGCCGUUCGUGAUGCAACGAGCAUCGAAGCAACCUGUGAAGCCAUCGGUGGCGCCUUCGACGAAAAUACCGAACCGUGGCGGCGAUGACUGUCUGCCCCGUGGCCAGCAGGAACUGGAAGAGGACGAGAUCGCGUACAUCGGACCGACCCGUUUGCCGGUGUCGACGCGCGUCUGGAAUGCCAUCUCGUCCUACUCGCUGGAGGAGAUCGGUACGACCUGCUGUCCAUCGGUCGGUAACAGACCGGCAGUUAGGAAGCAGCAACCGCCGCCACCGCCGUCUCCGCCAUCACCACCGACCAUGCAGCCUGCUGUGGUGUACCAGCUGCGUCCGGUGUGUCAGAUCACGGCUCCCACGCCGCAGGUGAUGAUGCCCUCGCACCCAUUUGGUCCAUCCGUGCUACCGAACGGCAUCAUUCAGCUGCAACUACGGGAUUCGGUUGUUGUGGACCUAACGCUCGAGGGUUCGAUCCGCGUGUACAACGGUCGGCAGAACAUUGCGAUUGCCAUCUCGAGCAACGGGAUCGCGGCCGCCAUGAACCACCCGAACGGCAUCAUCUUCCAGCACGGACCGCGCGUCGACAUCAUGGCGUACGAUGCGAAGCGACAAAACUCCUACAUUCGGUUCGCAAAGAUGUGGAGCAAAGGCAUCAGCCUGACGAGCGAGGGCUGCGCCCUGAUCUAUCUGGUCGACUCGGCCGGUACACGGACCACCUCCGACAUGCUAAACAUGGAUCUGCACACGGAUUACGUCCAGCAGGUGUUCUAUAAUGGCAUCGUCUGCGGUACGCAGCAACUAGCGGCCCUAAGCCAGAUCGUCCAGAGCUCGAGCUUCCAGCUCGGUGACGACAGUUCCAUCCAGUACCACGUGAACGGUUUCCGUAUCGGGCAGAGUGGCGAUGGGCUGGUGAAGAUCUAUCGCUCCAACAAUCGCUGCACGAUCCGGACGAGCCCACUGAACGGAUGUGCCACACUAACGACACCGCUCCUUCACUGCACUGCAUCGCUCGGUUCCACUUCACAUCUAUUCGUACGUCGCGAGGAACGUCGGAUGCACUUCGACGGAGCCACCUUCAUCGUCCGCAAUGCUGGCCAUUCCGCGGGCUUCGACGAGCACAAUCAAUUGCGGGUCUACUGAGCGGCCAUUUGGGAAUGGUAAAAAACGCCAGCUACCACCUCCCUCUUCCUCGCUGUGUCUGUUUAUCCGGGUGUCCACCCUGGUUGGAACCCGCAAUGUUGACGCGUUGGCAAAGUUAAAUUGAUUUCUGUUGUUGGUUUGCGCAGGAUAUUAAUUCGAGGGCCCGCGAGCGAGCGAUCGAGCGGUGGCAGUGGCAGUAGGCAGCAGUAGGCUUUAAAAUUCAAUUAUGCUAUCGCUGGACAUACACAGCCAAGUCUACCUUCUCCUCCUCCUCUGCCUACUAUAUAUAAUGUGCCUGUGUGACGCUUGUGUAUGGCGCACUCUGUUGAUACUGACCCUCCCAGCCCCCCCCCCCCCCCCUCUUGCUGUUUGUUGCUUAUGAAUAUAGCUAAAUUAUCAUUUCAACUUCAUUCACCUCAUCAUUUUGUGUCGAUUGUUUCUGUCUCGAGUUUUGUGUGAAUGUUGCGCUGUGUACCGUGUAAAAUCAGUAAACGGCAACUCAAACACACCCAAAACCCUCUCGCAGCAAGGUUACUGAGUUACAUUUACGGGAUACGCGAAAGCUGUCGAAAGUGUUUCGCGGAACCAAACCGAGCUUCAAAACUUUUCUCUCCCGCUCGGUUCGGUUCGGAAGUUUAAUUGGAUUUUCACGAUAAUUUCAUGUUGCGAGCAAAACUCUCCAAAAACUAGCGUAUGUAGUUGUGUGUUCGAGACCAAACAGGAGCAUAAUUAGGGCCAGACCAGCCGAGGGUUACAAUACUUACAUGUUCGGGACUGGAAGGGUUAGGGAGUGGGCCCGAUCUGCGAAGACGGGCUAGGGCACUCCUGAGACCUUCCGUACUGCUAUGUUUGGCCCCCCGUUCAAAAAUAUAACAACCGCACAGGAACA